UUUCUCCCCAAUCAUACCACAUAACCGUUCCAGCAUUUUGUCAGCUAAAACACAUCAAAAUGAAAAAAUAAAAAAUUUAAAUGUAACAAAUUCUUCAAUGUAUCUAUUCAAAUUCGGAUCAACAAAAUUGAAAAAACAAAAUCUGGAACGACGUAGACGUGCAUGUAUCUCAGAUAAAAUGAAUGCAUUACAUAAUUUAGCUAUGAAUUUAAUUGGUAAAAAUCCAACAGAAUAUCAUAAAAUUGAAAAAACCGAUAUUCUGAACGUUUGUCACAGUGUCUUUAAAAAUGUUGUGGCUAUUGUCAACGAACAACCAGAUAUACUUGAACGUGUACAUCAACUUCGUGAUAAGUUUUACGAUAAAUUAAUCACAAAUCAUUCUAGUGGAUCAAAAAAUAAACACAAUAUCAGUAAUGAUGAGAAUAAUAACAAUAAUGAGAAAUUUUAUUUAAGCAAUUAUAUUCCAUAUAAUCAUCCUUUGAAAAUAUAUUCGAAUGAUAAUUCUAAUGAUUAUGAUAUGAACAAACAAUGUAAUUCAUUAAAUACUUCCAUUUCUAAUGAUAUUUCAUCGCAAUUGACUAACCAUAAUUCAUUUCAGUAUUUCAAUGCAAAACUUCAUUCAACUCCUUUAAUUUCAAUGAAGACAUUGGAAACUUCAACAAAUAAUAAUAAAAAUAUUAAAUCAGUAGUUACUACAUCAUAUUCACAGUCUCUAGACAGUGGUAUUGAAGAUAUUGAAGAUACACAACCAAUAAAUUGUACACAAUCAAAACAGUUAUUACAAAUGUCACAACGAAUAUUUAAACGAAACUAUUGUAAUACAAAUCAACCAGUGGAAAAUGAAGUUUAUGAACAAAUAAUUGAUUUAUCUUUUAAAAAACAGAAACAGACUAAUCAUCAUCAUCGUGAAGGGAUUCAUCAAACUAAGGAAGAACAAAAUGUUUGGAGACCAUAUUUAGAUUGAUGAGUUUAUAUUCUAUCAGGCCUGCUUUUCUAUUUCAUUUUCUCUUUAGUAACUAUAAACCAAAAGAAGUAUAUUCAACUGAAAGAGAGCAUCAGUUUAUUGUUAUUUUUAUACUUUUUGUUCAGUUUCAUUCUUAAUAAUUUCACUUUUUCUCCCAGCAACUUGCCAUAUCCAUUACUGCUUCACUCAUAAAAAAUUUCCAUAAAUAAAUAGAAUAGUAUUG